UCCAGAAGUGUUACCAUGUCGGAGGCUAACGAGUCUCUGCUGAGUGGUCAUAAGGCUACGCCCCUGGAGGGAGAAGACCUCGCCCAGCAGGACAAGAACUUCAUCGGUUUCACCCACGGUCUAGUACGACUCACCCCCGGUGGCUGGUUCCUCCCUUCCGCCUACACCAACUAUGCUGAUAAAAUCUACAACUUUCAGUGGCGAGGCAGUGACGUGGUGGUGAUGAGCUACCCGAGGUGUGGUUCCUCAUGGAUGCAAGAGGUGGUAUGGACCAUGAGGAAUAACCCAGACCUUGAUAAUCCUUUGGCAACUACGCCCAUCCUGUCCAGGGUUCCUAUUGUUGAUAUGGACAUGUUAACGGACGGGAAGAAGAUGCCACCGAUCACCCCAGAUAACCCUCUUCUUCAAGGCUUCCUCAAGCUGUGUCCAGGAGCCAACCCAGCAGACGGUGUCAAUCUCCAGGUGUCUGCCGCCAUGCCCGACCCCAGGGUUAUCAAGAGCCACCUGCCGUUCUCCCUCCUGCACCCUACACUCCUGGAGAAGGCCAAGGUGGUGUACAUAGCCAGGAACCCCCGCGAUAUGGUCGUGUCUCUGUACCACCACUGUCGUCUCAUCAACAACUUCAGCUACUCCGGCACACUUGACCAGUUCAUCAAGUAUGUCGUUGAUGAUGAUGUGGUGUACGGGCCCUACUGGCUGCACGUGAAGGAGGCCUGGGAGAAGCGUCAACAUCCCAACCUUCACUUCCUCUUCUACGAGGACCUGAGAGCUGACGCGAUGGCCGAGUUGAAGAAACUGAACGACUUCCUGGGCACAAAACUCAACCAAGAACAACUUGAGAAUGUGGCCAGACACACCAGCUUCAGUGAGAUGCAGGCCCGAGACAACCUGAUGGGCAGCAAGUCAUCAGAGAACCCGAUGAUGAACCCAGAUAUUGUGAAGCAGGACGGAGGCUUCUUCAGGAAAGGUGAGGUGGGGAGCUGGAAGGAGAAGCUUACGACUGAAAUGGUGGAGAAACUCGACCAGUGGAUCAAGAAGAACCUCAACCAAGUCCCCUUCAAGUACACCCUGAUACAGGCACAUAUGGAACUGCAUAGUGGCCACAAGAUAAAAUACCUGGGGGAGAAGGAAAUGGCUAAACUGAAGAGUGAUUUUACUGGCUGUGGCUACCAAGACCUUCUCCGCCUCAGCCCCGGCAGGUGGCUCUACCCCAGGCUCUAUAUGAAAUAUGCUGAUAAACUCUACAAUUUUGAGUUCAAACAGAGUGACGUGUUGGUAAUGACGUAUCCUAAAUGUGGGACGACGUGGGUACAGGAGGUAGUAUGGACUAUGUUGAAUAACCCGGACCUGAAGCAUUCCAAGACUCACCAACCCAUCAUGUAUCGCUCUCCUUUCCUGGAAUUGGACAUGUUCACAGAUUUAGCAGAGGAUGGUCUUGAGGGAGUGAUGAUAAAGUUAUUGGAGACGACACCUGACCCACGGACCAUCAAAACCCAUCUGCCUCUCUCUCUCAUGCCGUCCUCCCUCCUCAACACUACCAAGGUGGUGUAUGUAGCAAGGAAUCCCAAGGAUGUGGUCACCUCCUACUAUCACCACUGUCGAAUUACUAAACUAGUAAACUACAAGAGCUCGCUCGAGCAGUUUGUUCGGUACUUUGUGGACGACAACGUGGUGUACGGGCCCUACUGGCUGCACGUGAAGGAGGCCUGGGAGAAGCGUCAACAUCCCAACCUUCACUUCCUCUUCUAUGAGGAUUUGAAGACUGACACAAUGGCUGAGUUGGGAAAACUAAACGACUUUUUAGGCACAAUGUUGACCGAAAAUCAACUUGAAAGGGUAGCAAUACACACAAGCUUCGAUGAAAUGAAAACCAGAAAAGCUCUGCUUGGAGAAAUGGAAGACGAUCCAAAUAAAUUUAACCUGGACAUCAUAAGCCUGGAUGGGGGCUUCUUCAGGAAGGGAGAUAUUGGUGACUGGCAGACCAAGCUGACACCCCCAAUGGAGGAUAAAAUUAAUAAAUGGAUCGAAGACAAUUUGAACGAAAUCGGCAUCACCUUUAAGUUUUCCAACUGACACAGUAUACAUUACCUGCUCGGGUCGCCUCUCGCUGCCACUGUGUACCUUUGUAUGAACACUAAUCUUGUUGUCAACUGUAUACGCUUUCAAUGAUGACUUUGCUCUUAAUAUCGUUUAUAAAUACACAAUGAUCUGAAAAUAGGUAAUGUUAUAUAGAUAAAAUAGGAUUAAUGGGAGAUGAGCCUCCAAAUUUCCUUUAUUAAUGUGUAUUUAUUUCUAAACUGUUCCUUAUCUAUCACGUUUGUAUUUCCUUUACCGGUCUGUUACAAACAUUGAAAAUACAAUGUACUGGUACCAUUAUAUUGAAAACAUACAAUAUUAACAUUAUUCUGUUUGUACAAUAAAAUAACAAUAAAAAGUU